GCAACCUCCUUUUCAACCACGCCACAGACUCCUUCUAGACCAGUCGAGUCUAGCACAGCAGCUGCGACUGAUUCUGGUGGUGCAGAUGCCACAACUGGGUCGUCGUUGAAAACGUUAUUGGAAAAGGAGGGAUCUGUCGGUUCGGCCUGCUCUCAGCUUCUUGCAAGCAUGACCGCAGAUACCGAAAUCAGUUUCGCCGAUCUAUCUGCGAUCACUCAGAAGAUGACAUUGGAUCUUGCCACCGAUGAACGGGCUUUCUUGAAUUGCUUGUUGGAGCUGAAUGCAUACGACCGGCAGCUAUGGGAGAAUAUGCAAAGGAUCUCUGAUGUUGAUGCAAAAUUGGUUUCAUUAGAAGAAAAGCAAAGCAAAAUGAUCUAUAAUAUGGGAUGUAUCACUGAAGAACAAAAAGCGCUAGACUCCGCUGUCACCGAAUUAGAGAAGGCGCUAGGUCUCCCUGACUGGACAGAUCAGAAUCACGAUCUCCCUGUAGACGCCUUUCUCGGCCACUCCAAUAUGCAAAUGCUGAUCAGUGUUGAUUCACAAAUCAAAGAGGCAGAUUGUGAUCUUCAGGAGAUUAUCGACCAGGUACUCCCCUCUUUAAAAAUAAGUCCACUGAGUUCUGUGACUGUCAACGUUGAAAUGUAA